AUAUAGUUUAGACUUUGAAAUAUUGAGGUUAUGCAGGUUGAGGUUAUGUAGGUUUGUUUUGUUUUUUCUGACUCGUCAUCUCUGUUCUGUAUCUGUAUAAAAUAUCAGAAAAUAUCUUGUUUAUCUAAUUAAAUUGAGAAUAAAUUAAAUUUUUGAUUUAUUAUCACCGGUCCGGUAUCUUAUCAUAUUUUGUAUCACACUUGACGAAAACUCAUGAUUUUAUAUUAGUGUAUGGUUUUUCUUCAAAUAAUAUUAGUCAUACUUCAAAUAUGAGUUUUGAGGAGGUAUUAGAUAAAUUAGGAGAAAAUUCGAUAGAAACUUCUAAGGAAACAGUUAGAAUUUUGUUAAAGAUUGCUGAUAAUAUAUUAAAGCAACCGGAAAACGUCAAAAUUCGAACAUUACAGAAAUCAAAUCAUAUCAUAUCGAAAAAAGUGCUUCAAGUUAAUGGAGGCAGUCUAUGUUUAAGGCUUAUGGGCUUUGUUGAAAAUGGUACAUGUUUUACCCUUCCAAAUGUAGAUAAUUUAUCAUCAGUUCAAAGUACUAAAGAUGUCUUAUUAAUUUGGUUGGAAUCAGUUCAUUCCUCACCCCAGAAUGAGGAUGUAGAAGACAAGCUUAAUAGAAACAAAGAAAUAUCAUGUUUAACCAAUGUCUCUAGUAAAAAGAUUGAUAGUCAAAAUUCAGUAAAAAUCAAGCCGGUUGCACUGCCACCAUUAGUCCCAUUAUACAAGAAUCAUUUUCUUCAUAGUAUUGAAAGUCAUUUUCAUAAUGCUUUACAAUAUGAAAAUAAGGAUUUACAAAAUAGAGCUAAAAGUUUGAUUCCACUACAUACCCUUGAAGAAGGUGCACUGAGAAGAUUUAGAAUGCUUCAAAAAAGAAUUAAAAAGGACAAACUAAAUAAUAUUGAUAUAUCUAUACAAGAUAUGUUGAUAUUAGAACUUCUAGAAUGGUUUAAAGAAGAUUUUUUUACUUGGGUCAAUUCACCAGAGUGCGAGCACUGUGGUAGUGAAACAAAAUUUUCCCAUAUGUCCACUGAUAAAAAUCUAUUAGUAUAUACAAAUAGAGUUGAACUCCAUCGAUGUGUAUCAUGUCGCCAGUUUACACCAUUUCCUAGAUAUAAUGAUUUAAACAUUCUUUUGGAAACCAGAAGAGGCAGAUGUGGUGAAUGGGCAAAUACCUUUACUUUGCUGUGUCGCGCUUUAAAUUGGGAUGCUAGAUUUAUUAUGGAUGAGACUGAUCAUGUUUGGACAGAGGUAUAUUCAUUUGCUAGAAGAAAAUGGCUACACUGUGAUUCUUGUGAAAAUAUAUGUGAUAAACCUUUGAUAUAUGAGUCAGGUUGGAAGAAGAAAAUUUCUUAUGUUAUCGCGUAUUCGGGAGAAGAAGUUCAAGAUGUUACUUGGAGAUAUACUAGUCAUCAUAAAGAUAUUUUGAAAAAUCGAAAUAAAUGCACUGAACAGGAGUUAAUAGAGGCUUUAUUUAAACUAAGAGAAAUUAGACAAAAAGAUUUUUCGGAAGCCAGAAAGAAAUUUUUAAAUAAAAGAUUACUUGACGAAUUGGUGGAGUUCAUGACAGAACGGAAACCUGAUGAUGAAGAAAAUCAGGGUAGACAAUCUGGCGACUUAGACUGGCGCUUAUUACGUGGUGAAACCACAGAUAGUGAUGGAGAGCAUCAACAUGUUUGGUCCAUAAAUCCUGACGAUCCAAAUGAUAAAACUGUAACAAUUCAAUAUUCAUCUUCCAGUGAUGUAUAUCAAAUGUUAGUUAAUGGUAAAAAGUCAACUGAAAUGAAGCAUUGGAGUUCAGGAACAUUUAACCAUUCAAAUAUUUUAAUGAAAAAAGAAUUAGACUGGAAACAAGUUUAUUUAGCCAGGCAAGAGGGAGGAUCAGAGGGUACAAUUACUUGGAAGUUUCAAAUUCAGAGUGAAGAAAGGAGAUUGACUACAAUAGAAGUUAAUUUUCUGUUUAGUACAUUUGAAAACGGGAAUGUUAAUGUAAAAUUAGACAGUGGUGAUUUAUCUUUGGAAAUAACGAAAGAGGCAAAUGCGUUUAAAACAAGUGCAUUUGCUGGCAGUAGCAAUAUUAGUUUAACAGCAAGUCUGUCUGGAGGUAAAGGCGACACUUCUUGGCAACAUGCUCAACUAUUUCGCCAACCAUUGAAUGACGACAACUAUUCCUUUGUGAUAACUUUUAGUUUUGAAUAAAAGAAAAUAAUAGAAAUUAUGUGUAAAUGUUUAUGAUGUAUAUUUCUUUAUAAAACCUUUACUUUUAACUAAUCUAGGUGAUCUAUAUAAAUUUUAACAUAAUAUAAUGAUAAGAUAAAUUAUUUCUAUUAAUAUUUAUAAUUUUUAUUAGUCAAAUCUAUAAAUUAAAUGUUUUUAUAUCACCUAGAUAACGUAACAAAAAUUAGCGACAUAAAUUCAAAGUCAAUUUUGUAUCUGUUAUAUUUUAUUUUCUAGAAAAAAGUGUAUCUUUGUCAGCUUUAAACUGAUGUUAAAUAUGUUUUAUUAUAUAUUUGUUCAUUUUUUUGUAAAUAAAGGGUUAGGUAUAUUAGAU